AUGACAACAACAAAUACUCAAUCAUAUUAUUCAAAAAUGCCAAAUCAGGAUGAUCAAGUUUUUGAUGAUAAGAAUAUUCAACGUUUUGAUGCUGAUACAAUAAAAAAUCUCUAUGGAAAUAAUUGGAAAAAUUUUGCAUCAAAUAUACGUGAAGUAGUUCAACCUGAUGGAUCAAUUAUCAAAGAAUAUGUUAUUGAAGAUCCAAGUUUACUUGAACAAAGCAAAACAUCAUCACAAUCAAUCAAUUCAACAAUAACAACAGGUACUGAUGAUGAUGAUGAUGAUCAACAACAACAAUCAUUAAAAAGUAAAUUUGCUCAAAUCAAAGCAAAAUUUGAACAAAAAAAAUUUUCAAAUGUUAUGUCAUCACCAUUAACAUCAUCAAUGAAUCUUAGUAAUAUAACAACACGUGCAAAUUCUAGAAAACAAACUGAUGAUUUAUAUGCAAGACAUAGACGAGCAUCAAAUGAAUCAAUACCUAUUCAUAGAAUAAAUAAUAAUUAUAAUUAUAAUAAUAAUAAUAAUUCAAUAGGUUCUUCAGAUCGAUCUACUAAUACACAUCAUAAUUAUAAUCGUUCACAAUCAAUUACAACUGAAAAAUCAAAAAUAAAUUCAUUUAAACGUUUGGAUUCUGCUGAUGAAGCUGACGAAGAAGUUCGAGAAAUUCAUCGACGAGGUGAAGAAUUACGGCGUUAUAAACAACAAUUUACUCCUAUACUAUCAUCCAAUGAAAAUUCACAGCAAUCUCGCGUUCAAUAUGAAAUAGUUGAUGAAGAUGGAAAUCCUCUAGUUAUUGAUGAUAUUCAAGAUUUAAUUAAGAUGGCAGGUGUACAUGCUCGAGAAAUUUCUCAAUCAGAUGGAUCAAUUAUUAAAGAAUAUGUUAUAGAUGAUCCUCAAAUAGUAUCGAAAUAUCGUUCUCAACAACAACCACGAUCAUCCAUGUCUUCAUCCUAUAAUCAACAAGCACCGUCAAUAACAUCAUCUUAUACUCAACAACAAAAUAUUAAUGAAGAAGCUCCACCACCUCCACCACGUAUUCCGUUACGGCCAUCAAUAUUAUUUCGUCAAGGACAAUCAUCAGUUAAUGACAAUGUUUCAUAUAAUAUUCAACAAAUUCGUGUUCUUGAACCACAACGACGUUAUGAAUAUUUAACAAGAACAGGUCGACUUAUACAAUUUCUUAUAACUAAUUCCGAUAGUUUUAAUGGACAAUUUAUAACUGAUUCUGAUAUUCGUGAAUUAACACAUGCUAUUAAUAAUCGUCUUUUACCAUCAUAUAAUUCUUCUGUACAACAACAGCAUCAUCAUCAACAGCCAUCGACACAAACACAAUUUAAUAAACCUAAGCUAUGGUAUCCAUCAGUUGAUUUCACACAUCGACAACGUAUUGGUUCUGAUCAUCAACUAAAUUCUAAUAAUUCUGACAAUAAUUUUCAACACACACAAACAAAUUUAUCGCGUUCAGCAUCUCAUGGUCGACUUGAUCAAGAAUCUUAUAAUUCACUAAAUCAACAACAAGUAAUGAAUGAACCAAUUAAUAAUAGGAAUAGAUUUCAAUAUCAAGAUUCUCAUAGUCAAAUACCGAAUCAAAUUCAUCAAAGUAACGAUUCAUUUCGAACAUCAACACAAUUUUUACCUCCAAGAGAAAGACAACAUUCGACAACUUCACCGCCAAUAAAUAAUAAUCAUCCACCGGUUUUUUAUCCACAAUCAACAGCUUAUCCAUAUCAAGGACAACAACAACAUGGUGUUCGAAUUCUUAAUGAUUUAAAUCAACAACGUCCAGCUAACAUGACUGAUGAACAUAAUAGAAUUUAA